AUCACUGCUGGAUCAUCGACUUGUCUGAAAGGUUGCUCUUGCACUGAUGAGACCCUGGGAAGGUCUUUGCUAUGCAUGGAAACCUCCAUGAGACAAAUUCCAGAAAACAUCCCACACAAUUUCACUAAGAUCCGUGUGGAAAACUGCCAUCUGACAGAGUUACCUCAACGAUCCUUCUCCAACGUGGGUGCCUUGCAGUUCUUGUGGCUCAAUUUUAACAAUAUAACACUGAUGAACAUCAAAAGCCUAGAGGGGCUGGCCAAUUUGACGGAGUUGCGGCUACAGGGCAACAAGCUGACUUCAAUUCCGUGGACUGCAUUUCUGGAUACGCCGAAACUCAAAAUUCUAGACCUUAAACACAAUCGCCUAGAUGUCUUGCCGGAACACUCCCUAAGACACUUACCUGAACUGACCUAUUUAGACUUAUCCUUUAACCAGCUGAGUGUUAUAUCAAAAGAUGUCUUCCUGAACUGGCCCGUUUACCAGAAAGAAGAGCGAGUUUGGGCCAAGGAAGGAUCGGUCUCCAAUGUAAUCUUAGCACUACACAACAACCCUUGGCUAUGCGACUGCCGUCUCAAAGGUUUUGUGGAGUUCAUCCGGGCGGUCGGCCCUCCUAUCGUUUUAAUGAACUCGUAUUUGACGUGUUCUGGCCCCACCUCUAAAGUGGACAUGUUUUUCCACAAAAUCCAUUUGAAAACAUGUACGAAACCUGUGGCCUCUACCCCAGAGACUAACAUCAACAUGCCUCUUGGAGAAAAAGCAACACUCUCAUGCUUAGUCAAGGCCAGGCCAGCCCCAACCAUCGAGUGGAUGUACAAUCAGAAGAUUAUAAGAGGAUUUACCGCUACUAUGAGUUCCAUUGAUGAGGAGACAUUCAACUCCACUCUGGUGAUCCCUUCUUUGCACCUCACGGAUGGAGGACUCUACACUUGCCUGGCUAACAACUUCAUCGGCAACUCCACCGUUGGCAUCAUGGUGAACAUCAGCACUUUGAGCUUCUCCGCUCCUCUACUCCCACCUGCACCUAUCCUUUCCCCUGAUGAGAACACCUACAUCGACAUUCGAAUCGCCAAACAGACGGUUUACGGCAUUACACUGGAAUGGCGCGCUGCCACCGACAAUCCGGCAGAAACCUGGUUUACUGUCCACUUCGGCAAGUAUGACUCGCCCAAAAAGGAGACCAUCUAUAUCGGACCGGGCAUUAACAGCUACUCUGUUAGUGAUUUGCUUCCUGUUACCAAAUAUGAGGUAUGUGUGACCUUGAAGAACCACCCACCACGGGAGGGACAGUGCAUUGUCUUCGUGACCGGAAGUGACGUUAGCGAGAUGGAGCAGCGAGAGCGUCUGAUCCACAUUGUCGUCGUCGUGUGCAUCAUGGUGCUAGCCGUGCCGGUCGGUAUGUACGCCUGCACCACAGAAGCCCGCUUCGGCUGUGUGGACCGCUGCAGGGAUCUGUGGAAAAAGCGGCACUGGCGGUCUCACGGCGGGAACCUGCAAGGGGCUCAAAGUCAGGGCACCGAGAGUCAAGGCACUUUCGACAGCCUGCAGGUUGCCAGUGACGAAGUCUUGUGCAGGGACAUGGGGGAAAAAGCCAAAAAGAAGCACAAAUCUGAUGACCGUUGCAAAGGAGGAAGCGUGGCCUAUCUAUACUAA